AUGCCUGCGAAGACUUCUGAGAACUACCCCUCCGGCUUUGAGGCCGUCGACUCUCGAGACAACGCCACGGACUCUGGCUAUGUCAGUGGCGGCUCUAGUGAUGACUACCUUCCAGAGAUUGUCUUCACCAAGCCGCACUUGAAGUUCCUCAACAGACAGCUGCAGUUCCUCGAGCCUCAAGACGUCCUGAGAUGGUGUGUCACCUCUCUCCCUCACCUCUACCAGACCACCGCUUUCGGUCUCACGGGUCUGGUGACCCUGGAUAUGCUCUCCAAGCUGGACGUGCCCCGUCCUCAGAUGGUUGAUCUCAUCUUCCUCGACACCUGCCACCACUUCCCCGAGACCCUGGCUCUGGUCGACCGCGUCCGUCAGAAGUAUCCCCUGGUCAACAUCCACGUCUUCAAGCCUCAGGGUGUUGAGACUGAGGAAGAAUUUGCGAAGAAGUACGGUUCCCGUCUUUGGGAGAGUGAUGACCAGUUCUACGACUGGACGGCCAAGGUUGAGCCCGCCCAGCGUGCCUACCGUGAACUCAACGUCCAUGCCGUCCUCACUGGCCGUCGCCGCAGCCAGGGUGGCAAGCGUGGUGACCUGGAUGUCAUCGAGGUCGACGAAGCCGGCCUCAUCAAGAUCAACCCUCUCGCCAACUGGUCCUUUGAGCAGGUCAAGCAAUACGUCAAGGACAACGAUGUUCCCUACAAUGAGUUGCUUGACCGUGGCUACAAGAGCAUUGGCGACUACCACUCCACCCAGCCGGUCAAGGAGAACGAGGAUGAGCGGUCGGGUCGCUGGAAGGGCCAACAGAAGACUGAGUGCGGUAUCCACAACCCUCGGUCCAAGUAUGCCCAGUUCCUGAUGGAAAUGGAGCGUAAGCGUCAGGAGGAGGCCCUAUCGCAGGCGCUCCAGUCAUCGCUCACGACUACCGCUCAGUAA